UCAAUAAAUAAUCGAGACUUCUAUGAUAAGAAAAAUUGAUGUCAGUUUUGAACAAAUAAUUGGUUUAGAUAACAUCAAGAAUAAACUUGAAGAAACAAUCAUUAUGCCAAAUUUAAGACCUGAUAUUUACACCGGUAUUAGAGCACCUCCUAAAGGUAAAUUAGUAUAAAUUAGAAAAGGCAUUCUAUUUUAUGGUCCUCCAGGAAAUGGUAAAACCUUAUUAGCCAAAGCUAUUGCUAACUAAAUUAAAUGUUGUUUCUUUAAUAUAAGUGCAUCAACUCUUGUCUAAAAGCAUUUAGGAGAAGGAGAAAAGCUUAUGAAAGCAUUAUUUGAAACUGCCUUUUAAAUAUAGCCUUCCAUAAUUUUUAUUGACGAAAUCGAUUCUAUUUUAUCAAAAAGGUCUGAAAAUGAACAUGAGGCAAGUAGAAGAUUAAAAACAGAAUUCUUAAUUUCAUUUGAUGGAAUGCAAACUUCAGAUCAAGAUAGGGUAUUUUUAAUUGCAGCUACAAACCGACCUUAAGAUUUAGAUGAAGCAGUUUUGAGAAGAUUUGUAAAUUCAUUAUUUUUAUUCAGACUGUAAAAAUUCUGAUAGAUUAACCUGAAUUUAAUGCUAGAAUAGCUAUGAUCAAAUCUUAUAUGACCAAUGUCUAAAAUAUUUUAACUGAUUAAUAAUUUCAAUCUAUUUCCGAAAUGCUUCAGGGUAUAAUCAAUUAUAAUUUAAAUAGGAUAUUCUGCUAGCGAUAUAAGAGCUGUCGUUAAAGAAGCUUGCAUGCAACCAUUAAGAGAAGAUUAAUCUUUAAUUUUUUCUAUUCACAAAUAAGAUAUUAGAGCUGUUAAUAAAGAAGACUUUGAUUAAGCCAUGUAAAAAGUGAAGCCUACUUUAUCUUAAAAAUAGUACGAAGAAUAUGUUAAACAUUUUAAAUGA